AUGCAGGUCAAGUCUUUCUGGGCCGGCUGGGGAGCUUUGUGUCUUGCUGGCGGUGGAGCAUAUGUAUUCGCAAAGCGCAGCAUCAACGCCGAUCGCCAGGCCCGUUGGGACGAGCAGAAGCGCAAGCGUGCCAUGAUCGAGUCGCUUGAGCAUUCUGACAACAUCAACAACCUUAAGCCUUCGUCGAACGAAUCCCACAGCGCGCCGCCGAGGACAGAUACGGCUGGCUCGCCUAGUCAAGAAUCGAACUCCGAUCCAGCGCCGACGAGACAUGCGCCAACCACCGAAGGGGAGAGGGUAGUGGAGAAGAGCAAAUACGAAGCUAGUCAGCCGUUUAGGAGUAUAAAAGGGGAUAGGUUUUCGUGA